AUGAAAGAUGAGCCUACCAGCCAGUGGCAGAUCCCCAUCGGUCUUCAACUCGUUCCGGCGGUGUUGCUCGGGUGCAGCGUGCUCACUCUCAAGGAGAGUGCUCAAUGGCUUACCAGGAAAGGACAGCAUCAGGAGGCCUUUGAGAGUCUGUCAUGGAUCCGCGGAGAUGCAUCGCAGUCAACGAUUGACGAAAUGAAUGAGAUCAGGUUGGUGGGAGAGGCCGAGGCUGAAGAGACAAAAGGCUUCGAGUUCAAAGAGCUCCUCUGA